CUUCCGCACAUGCGCACUGGCAGCCGAGAGCUGAUGAGAGACGCUGCGGAGCCGCAUGAGGAGGAAAGAGUCGAAGAUAAAGAAGUGAAUAAAUAAAGGAAUAAAGGAAUUAAUAAAGAAAUAAAGGAUUAGGAGCGAGGAGAGGGAGACAGACAGAGGAGGAAUGAAUCAGCUGGAGCGUCCCAAAGAUGAGGAGGAGGAGGAGUCAGACUGUCUCCAUGACGACAGUGAUGGGACCAACAACAACAACAACAACAACAGACGCAAGACGGUGAGUCCAGGUGCAGGUGAACAUCCUCUGCAGUAUAAUUACACGUUUUGGUACAGCAGAAGAACUCCGAGUCGACCUGCGAGCUCUACAAGCUACGAACAAAACAUCCGUCAGAUCGGCACUGUGGCAUCGGUGGAGCAGUUCUGGAGGUUUUACAGUCACCUGGUCCGUCCAGGUGAUCUGAGUGGUCACAGUGACUUUCAUUUAUUCAAGGAGGGAAUCAAACCCAUGUGGGAGGAUGAUUCUAACCGCAGCGGGGGGAAGUGGAUCAUUCGUCUACGUAAAGGUUUGGCGAGUCGUUUCUGGGAGAACAUCAUCCUGGCCAUGUUGGGCGAGCAGUUCAUGGUGGGCGAGGAGAUCUGUGGAGCCGUCGUGUCCAUACGCUUCCAGGAGGACAUCCUGUCGAUCUGGAACAGAACAUCUAACGAUCAGACGACCACGGCGAGAAUCAGAGACACGUUAAGACGAGUCCUGAACCUCCCGACCAACACCAUCAUGGAGUACAAGACGCACAACGACAGCCUCAGGGACAACUCGAGCUUCAGGAACACAAAGAUUUCCCUCUGAAGACGUGCGAGUCAGCUGACUGCCCUCCUGUCCAAUCAG